CGUCACAGGAUCUCUACGUUACAUGCGCUAAGACACACACUAUUUUUUGGAGCGAAAUUCGCUUUUCCGCAAAUUCUUGUUAUAUCCAACGUCAUUCAAUUGUUACGUCAAGAGUUUACUGUCGCAAAUUUAAAACAUUGAACAGACAUACAAGAUGGCCACCAGUACUUUACGUAAAAGAUAUAAAGAGGCACAGAAAGUUGAUUUCCCUGGAAUUGAAGAAACUUCUAACAGCUACAUAGAGGAACUUAUUAUGGCACAAGCUAAUGCUAUUGGUUGUCCACCGGAGUUUUUAUAUUUUCCAUUUUUAACAACAACUGCCGGUUUUAUGGGUUCUAAAAGUGUCAUUGAAUUUCACGAGGAAUGGAAGGAACCAGCCAUUAUUUGGACCAUUAUUGCCGCAUCCAAGGGUGAAAAAAAAUCACCAGCCCUUAAAAGAAUCAAGGAUGCUGUUACUAGGAUACAGGAUGCAAAACAAAAACAGUGGACCAUGCAACAAGAAACAAAGUCAGAAACACCCACCAGAAACACAAAAAGCUCCCUGCAAGUUCCUCCACAGAUAAUAAUUGACGUUUUUUCCAUGGAAGAAAUGCACAGUGUUCUUUUAAGAAACAAUUAUCAGGUUAUAGGUAUUUAUGAAGAAAUUAAGGUAUUACACCAGUCACUAGAUAUUUAUAAACCAGGAGGAAGUCUUGUUGAUAGAAAGCAAUUUCUCAAUUUGAAUGGAGGGUCCGCAUGGGAUAGAAAUUUUAAAAAUUCCGGAUACAGUCAUCUUCCAAGAACACAUUUUAACCACACUGGCAUGAUCCAACCAGUAAUUUUGGCAGAGAUGAUGGAUAGAGAUGACUGGGAUGGUUUCAAUGAUAGGUACCUUAUUUCAUGCCCAAAAGAGGUGAUGUUUACUUCAAACAUGUACAAGAUACCAGUUCCAGAAAACUUAAGAAGUAGCAUGGACAAGAUAUUUAAAGUCAUUUCAGAAAAACAUGAAACUGAAACAGUUUACAGAUUUGAUGAGGAAGCCAAGUCUGUUUUUAACAACUUCCACGACAAUUAUUAUAUAGAAAAGAAAAUGCAGUUUACCGAAGAUGAGAACAGAAGAGGGGUUCUUUCUAAAAGUCUUGGUUACAUUAUAAGGCUUUCAGGAAUUAUAACAGCUGUACAAAAUGCUUCAGCUGUAGUUAAAGAGGAACUGGACUUAGAUGAAUACAGAUGGGAUUGUUCAGUUUCGGCUCCUAAUGUAAAGAAGGCUAUAGCUCUAAUGCAAUACUUUAUAGACACUAAAUUUGCCCUACUACCUAUAUGUGACAGAAUUGAAGAGUUUCAUGAAUCACAAACUCAAUCAGAAAUUUCUAACGAGAUGCAAAUUAUGCAAGACUGUGGACAGAAGAUUAAACGACUCUUGGAGUUUGAAACAGAGACCUUAGAUAUAACUUCCGCAAUGGCGUGCAGGAAUGCACUUUUCCCUGCUGUUCCCAAAGAGCAACGCGGAGGUGGUUUCUGA